AUGGCCUCAGACCACCAGACCCAAGCGGGCAAGCCACAGCCCCCUCAACUUGCUAUCAUCAUCUUUGAGCAAGAGAACUUCCAGGGCCACUCGCACGAGCUCAGCGGGCCCUGCCCCAACCUGAAGGAGACUGGCGUGGAGAAGGCAGGCUCCGUCCUGGUGCAGGCUGGACCCUGGGUGGGCUACGAACAAGCCAACUGCAAGGGUGAGCAGUUUGUGUUCGAGAAGGGCGAGUACCCCCGCUGGGACUCAUGGACCAGCAGUCGGAGGACGGACUCCCUCAGCUCCCUGAGGCCCAUCAAAGUGGGCUUUAGGGACCAGGAGGGAGCCUUCGCCUCCAGCAUCGUGACCCUUCUAAUGCGCAGGGUGCGCUUCCUGGCUGUGUGGGUCGGCUACCAGUACCCCGGCUACCGCGGGCUGCAGUACCUGCUGGAGAAGGGAGACUACAAGGACAGCGGUGACUUUGGGGCUCCCCACCCCCAGGUGCAGUCCGUGCGCCGCAUCCGCGACAUGCAGUGGCACCAACGGGGCGCCUUCCACCCCUCCAACUAG